AUACCGCGAGCGCGAGUCACACAUGUGCUCUCGCCGCGCGUUGCUAUAUAAAUAAUACUUCGCGCUAAGUCAGAUCAGUCGACUUGCGGCGGCCGUACCUAUCACGGCGAAUAAUGCAACGGACCUUUAGAGAUUAAAUCUCCUCGCGAUCAUUCGAUUUUCUGUGCACCCAUAUAAUUUUCCUUUCUCUCUCUUUCUUUCAGUUUCCCGUCAACCUGUUCUCCCACCUGUCCAACCCUUUCACUCGGUAUCUUCAUUCCUGCCAUAUGCGAAUUCACCCUUCGGCGAGAACUUGAUUAUUUAUAUAUUGUGAUCCAUCCUCCAGGAUGUCGCAUGACAAUCUAGGAUUUACAUCGAGCACGGUUGCUUUGCAAGAUUUUAAAAAAUCUUCGUUAUCUAAGGAGUACCAAAAUAGUUACGGAUCGAAUGAGAAACGUGACAGUGUUUACUCUCUGGAACUCGAAGAAAAGACGAAGAAUGUAGAUGAGCAGGACGACGAUUAUGACCCAUAUGAUUAUAGAGUAGUGGAGCAUCCGACUACGAACGCGGAAACAUUGCUCCACUUGCUAAAAGGCAGUUUAGGCACCGGAAUUCUCGCGAUGCCGAAAGCUUUUGACCAUGCCGGAUAUAUUAUCGGUCUGAUAGCCACGAUCAUCAUAGGGCUACUUUGUACAUAUUGUAUGCGAAUACUUGUUUUCUCAGAGUACGAAUUGUGCAAGAGGAGAAGAGUGCCAUCCAUGACAUAUCCGGCAACCGCGGAAUCCGCUCUGCUCGAAGGACCAGUGUUUCUCAGGCGGUUUUCUAAAGCCUCUAUACACAUAAUAAACAUCUUCCUGAUGAUAUACCAGAUGGGCACUUGCUGCGUCUACAUCGUUUUCAUUUCCCGUAAUCUAAAAACGGCAUUGAGCUCGAUUGUUUCAAUGGAAUUGGAGAUAUACAUGGCGAUUCUGCUGUUACCCCUGAUCUUCGUUAAUUACAUCAGGAAUCUUAAAUUCCUGGCACCGUUCUCGACAAUUGCGAAUAUUAUUAUGUUCGCCGGAUUCGCGAUCAUACUUUACUUUAUCUUUCGAGAGCCGUUGUCGUUCGAGAAUCGCGAAUCAAUUGGAGAGGUCAAGAAUUUUCCGCUCUUCUUCGGCACUGUUCUGUUUGCUCUCGAAUCCAUCGGCGUAAUUAUGCCGUUGGAAAACGAGAUGAAAACCCCGAGAUCCUUCAUGAAACCAUUCGGCGUGCUCAACAUUGCUAUGAGCAUUAUAGUCACGAUGUAUGCCACCUUGGGAUUCUUUGGGUACAUACGUUUUGGUAAAGAGAUUGACGGUAGUAUCACACUCAAUCUACCCCAUGAAGAGCCUCUGGGAAUCGCGGUACAAAUCCUUCUCGCCAUUGCCAUCUUCUUCACGCAUCCUAUCCAAUGUUAUGUCGCCAUCGAUAUAUCAUGGAACGAGUAUAUCAGUCCUCUUCUCGAGAAGUAUCGUUACAAGCUGCUUUGGGAGUAUGUGGUCAGGACUGUCAUUAUUUUGAUUACUUUUGGUCUGGCGGUCACGGUCCCAGAGUUGGAUCUCUUUAUAUCCUUAUUCGGUGCGUUCUGUCUAUCGGGUUUGGGACUAGCAUUCCCAGCGAUCAUACAAUUGUGCGCCUUUUGGAAGGUGAUGGGACCCACAGAGAAGAAGAUUAUGCUGGCGAAGAACAUGUGCCUAAUAUUAAUCGGCGUGUUGGGCCUAAUCGUGGGCACCUACACGAGUCUUAGUAAAAUCAUCACCAAGUUCUCGUGAAGUGCCAGCUCGAUGAACUGUGCAAUAGAAUUGCCAAGAGCGGAGGCGGGGGAAGGUGGGAGAUAGAAGGAUAGCGAACAGAAACAGUUCUCGGAUGCGAGAAACGAAUCGACGAUGUGAUACGUAGUUUGAAGUCGCUAGAAGUAAGUGUAUCUAUAAAUAGUGUCGCAUUUAGAGGCUUCGGACCGAAAUAACGUUAAGGUGUUACGGCAGAGCCGUAACAAUACUUCGGUUUCGUCGAGGACGGAAUGAAGUUCCUAAAUGCAUGUGUCAAUUCUGUGCGUUUCAAUAUAUGCAAGUACUGUGCGCGAGUAGACGGACUGUAACAACGAGACGCGAUCGAAUCCUCGAAAUGUUAAAUGUCAAUGUCAGUAUUAGAUCAGCGUGAGAUGUGUAAAAAGAGGUUUUAUUGUAUUAUAAAUAAAAGUAAUUUUAUUUUCACACACA